GGAAAAGUGAGCGCAGCAACCCUCUUCCCUUGGCAUCCAGUUAUCACAGAAUGCCACAGCCGCAAGUGACCUCAAAGCCACAAGAAAUAAACCAAAGCCCCCAUUUUAAAGAUAAAGUGAAGCCAAGAAGGAGACGGUGUCUUUCUCCGGUUCAUGCCAUGAUCUGUCAGGGCGUGCCUGCUCGGAAAAGAAACAGGAAGGAGGGAGUAAGGAAAACGCCGAAUCACAGAUCAUUGCCUUAGCUCCCCCAGCUCCCGACCGCCAGGAGGCGGCUAGGCCACCCUCGGACUGGGGCCGGAUCUGCUCCUCGGCUUCGCCAGCCGGAGAGGCGGCAGCUCAGGCGCGCCGCGGGCAGCCGCUGGGGCCUUUCCUGCGCCGGCGCUGGGGUCCUCUUCCACUCUCCCUCGGCGCUGGGAACAUGGCGGCGGCCGCGGGGAGAGCGUUGCUGCGAGGAAUGGUGCGGGGCCUGCUGCUCCCGCGACUCGCAGGGGGCACGCCCGGCCCGGAGCGCGACUUCAGCCUCUCUCACAAUCGGGGCACAGUCAUCGUGGAGCGCUGGUGGAAGGUGCCGCUGGCCGGAGAGGGCCGGAAGCCGCGCCUACGCCGGCGACACCGGGUCUAUAAGCUGGUAGAGGACACGAAACACGGGCCCAAAGGCAGCCUGGAGCUCAUCCUCACGCAGUCCGUGGAAGGACUUGGAGUCCGGGGUGACCUGGUCUCAGUGAAGAAAUCUUUGGGCCGGAAUCAACUACUGCCUCAAGGUCUGGCUGUAUAUGCCUCCCCUGAAAACAAGAAACUGUUUGAGGAGGAGAAAUUGCUGAGACAAGAAGGAAAAUUAGAGAAGAUCCAGACCAGGGCAGGUGAGAUGACAGUGAAAUUUCUGAGAAGCUGUCAUCUGGAGGUGGGGAUGAAGAAUAAUGUCAAAUGGGAACUAAACCCUGAAAUAGUCGCCCGCCAUUUCUUCAAAAAUCUUGGUGUUGUGGUCGCCCCACAUGCAUUAAAGUUACCAGAAGAGCCCAUUACGCAGUGGGGGGAGUACUGGUGUGAGGUGACGGUAAACGGACUUGACACUGUGAAGGUACCUAUGUCUGUGGUGAACUUUGAGAGGCCUAAGACCAAAAGAUACAAGUACUGGUUAGCCCGGCAGGCUGCCAAGGAAAUGGCCCCCACCAGCUCCCAGAUGAUCUAACCCUUCUGACCCUCAGAAGCAGAAGAGCAGAAUCAGAGGAGCAGGGAGCAACAAUGGGCCAGCACCCUGAUACCACUCCCAGCUCUGAUCAAAUAAUGGAAUUUAGAGAGCAUGUGGGGACAUGGGCCUAAACUGCACAUACACCUUGAAUCCACCGUAUCUCCUACCUCCGUGCUUGCCUGUUACUACAUCCGGCCUUACCGGGCAGUCCUGCUCAUAGGCUACCAGGCUGUAGAUUUAACAGAUGGAAACAGUCUAGAUCCUGUUUGGCCUGCAAUUUGUUGAAACAAGUGGAAGAGCUAGCCACGGUCUCCAGGAAUGGUCCCACAUACAAACUGAGCAUUUGUAUCUCAAGAGGAAAUAAAGAGGUUUUGCUCUUUUUA